CACACCGCACCAAUCUAGCAUCCCGCGCCAUCCACUGCUAUAGCUCGUCCUUUGACACGGGAAAAAUGACAAAACCAAAACAGAAACCCUGUCCUCACUGCCAAGCACUCAACAAUAUCAGCUGCAAAACAUGUAAAGCAUGUUUUGCUAGUUUACCCCUAAGAAAGAGAGUUAAAAACAUUAAAAAAAAGCAUACCGAGGAGAGUGCAUGGAUGUCGAACACUAAAAAACCCAGAAAUGCUGCUCGUGUGGUUGAUUCGGCCCGCAUUGCUGUUAAGAAAUUGGAGGUACUAGGCUAUAAGCCAGUUCUCUUCAUUUCAAAAGAGAAAAAAAAUGGGUUUGUAGCUGAAGUCAUCACUUCAAUGGGUCCAUUUACAGUUGGACCACUUCAAACCAUCUUUGAAAGGAUGACUAGCCUUCAUGAAUUUUUUAUUAAAAAUUACCAGAGGAUUCAAAGCCACACCAGUACUGCUGAAACUGUUUGCCAGCACCAGACUUCCUCCCUUCCUCCAACAUCCUCCUCGUUUGACACUCUUCCUGCUCCAUCUUCUUCCUCCUCCAGCCUUCCUCCAACAUCCUCCUCGUUUGACACUCUUCCUGCUCCAUCUUCUUCCUCCAGCCUUCCUCCAACAUCCUCCUCGUUUGACACUCUUCCUGCUCCAUCUUCUUCCUCCUACACCCUUCCUCCAACAUCCUCCUCGUUUGACACUCUUCCUCCUCCAUCUUCUUCCUCCUACACCCUUCCUCCUCCUUCCUCCACCUCCUACACUCUUCUUCCUCCUCCUUCAUCUUCUUCCUCCUCCUCCAGCCUUCCUCCAACUUUUUCCUCAUUUGACACUCUUCCUCCUCCAUCUUCCUCCUCCUCCAGCCUUCCUCCAACUUCCUCCUCAUUUGACACUGUUCCUCCUCCUCCUUCUUCUUCCUCCUCCAGCCUUCCUCCAACUUAUUCCUCAUUUGACACUCUUCCUCCUCCUUCAUCUUCCUCCUCCUCCAGCCUUCCUCCAACUUCUUCCUCAUUUGACACUGUUCCUCCUCCUCCAUCUUCUUCCUCCUCCAGCCUUCCUCCAACUUCUUCCUCAUUUGACACUCUUCCUCCUCCUUCAUCUUCCUCCUCCUCCAGCCUUCUUCCUCCUUCCUCUACCUUCUACACUUUUCCUCCUCCUCCAUCGUCUUCCUCCUCCAGCCAUCCUCCUCCUUCCUCCACCUUCUACACUCUGCCUCCUCCUCCAUCGUCUUCCUCCUCCAGCCUUCCUCCUCCUUCCUCCACCUUCUACACUCUGCCUCCUCCUCCAUCGUCUUCCUCCUCCAGCCUUCCUCCUCCUCCCUCCACCUUCUACACUCUUCCUCCUCCUCCAUCUUCAUCCUCCUCCAACCUCACUCCUCCCACCUCCUCUUACAUCACCCUUCUUUCUCCUACCUCUUCUUCCUGCACUCUUCCUCCUCCACCAACUUCUUUCCCCACUCCUCCUCCUACACCAUUUUCCUCCACCCUUACUCCUACGUCCCAUUGCAUCAACCCUCCUCCUCCUUUCAAUUUUUCAAACCUUUCACCUACAAACCCUUCUUUCCCCUGCCAGAACACCCAUGCUGCCCCAAUCAAUACAGACAGUUCCUCCACAAUAAUUCCAAGGUCAGGAGGCAAACAAAGAAAAUGGAUGCAUAAGCAAGCAGAAUGCCAAGUACAUCCCAGAUUAAAACAAUUUCCAUAUGACAAGAUCAUAAGGAGGAGGACAUCAAAGGAAGGUGUUGAAGAGGUUAAAGUAAGAUGGAAGCCGUGCUCAGGAUGUGGGAUGAAAUGGACAGACACCUGGGAGCCCUACAAUCUUUUAUCUCCAGAAUAAGGAUCCAUGUCCCUGUGCCUUUAUCAGUGUUUAUUCAGAUUUAAUGAAUGAAUGCUUAUUCAAACUUUAUGUACCUGUUCUUGGUUAAGUUACUGUGUUUGUUUAUUGUUCAUGUUUUCUUGUACAAUAUACUUUAAGUGCAUGUAACUGUUUA